AUGGAUUUACAGCUAAUAUAGUGUUUAUUAAUUAAACUAAAGUAAAGUAAGACUAUAUGUUUACUCAUCCUUAGAGACAUCAUAUAGAAUAACAAUUAAAAAAUCAGAAAAAGGAGAAUGUUAUAAGUUUAAAUUAAUUAUAAUUUAGUUCGUGUAUUAACUAGGGAUAUUGUAGUGAAAGAGCAGUAAAUUUAUGUUUAUGUGAUUCAAGAAUAUUAGAUAGUACAUGUUAACUAACAAGUAAUGUAGUUAAUAUUAAAAGUAAAUCAUAAGUAUUUUAAUAUUUUAUUUAGUUUUCAAUGGAAAAACUGUCAUAAAAUAUUUUUAUAAUCCCUAUUCUUGAUAUUACUUCUAAUAUUGUUAUUAAAAUAGAAUCAAGUAUAGAAGUUAAGCUUUAUAUUGGUUGUUAAUAUGAAAAAUAAUAUAUUCCAUUCGAUUAGAGCAACUCAUACUAUAAAAAGAUUAUAAGCAAUGGAAAAGUAUUAUUUAGUUCUAAAGAGCUUUAAGAUUGUUUUGAAAAUGCAAAUAAAAUAUAACAAUCUUUAGAAGUAUAAUUAUCUAAAAAUUUAAUUAUUUUACUUGUUAAUGAGAAAAAUGAGAAUAGCAAAAUAAUAUUAAUAACAACUACUUAAGAUUAAGAUGAAGAUGAAAGUUCUAUAGAAAUGAUUUAUAUUAUUUCAUGUGUAUUAGGUAGCUUAAUAAUUUUAAUUGGGAUGAUUAUUUUGAUAAUUUAUAAAAAAAGAAAAGUUAAAAGGAUAUUGAUUAUAUAACCAAAUAGCGAAAGAGCAAAUAAAUUAAAAGCUAAGAAAUUUAGGUAUUCUCUAAAAUAAGAUUAUAUUGCAACUGAAAUUUAUGAUUAAAUUAUUUAAGAAUUUCCAGGGCUUUUGGAAACAGAAGAUUGUUAGAUAUGUUUAUUGUAAUUUAAAAAACAAGACAUGGUAAAAUUAACAUAUUGUUUGCAUUUAUUUCAUUAAUUUUGUUUAGAUGAAUGGAGAAAAAGAACUUAAGUAUUAUAUUUAAUAGAGAAUAGACAUGUCCAUUUUGUAGAAGUAAUUUAACAUAAGAAAAAUAUAUGUAAUAAAUAUAAGAAGAAUAAAUAAUAAGAUUAGGAGUGAUUAUUGAUGAUGCUAUAUAAAUUGAUCCUCAAAAAUUAUAGGAUUUUUAACAAAGAGAAUAAAGAAUAAGAUAAUUACAAUGUAAAUGAACUUUAAAUAACAAUUAGAAACCUAAUCUCCAGGAUCUGAGAAUAUAAUACAAAUUAACACUCCUGGGCUAUGUUAGUUUAGCGAAAACUGA